CUCCACUGCGCUGAUCCGCUUAGCAUCGAGGAGGCGGCGAAAGAUGGAUGUUGUCAACCAGUUGGUCGCCACUGGGCAGUUUACUGUCGUCAAACAACCUUUAGGAUUCAUAAAGAUCCUACAAUGGUUUUUCGCCAUCUUUGCAUUCUCUACCUGCUGCUCCUACUCCGGAGUUUUUCGAUUGAGCGUGGAGUGUAAGAACCGCUCAGAGAGUGAUUUAAACAUCGAGGUUGAAUUCGCCUACCCGUUCAGACUCCAUCAGGUGUGGUUUGAUGCGCCGACGUGUAAAGGCCCAGAGCCAGAGCGAAUAUUCCUGGAGGGUAACUACUCUUCCUCGGCUGAAUUCUUUGUCACUAUUGGUGUUUUCGCCUUCCUCUACUCCAUGGCAGCUCUGUCCAUCUACGUCUUCAAACUGGAGAAAUACCGCGAGGGCAAUCGCGGCGCCCAGGCUGAUUUUGUGGUGACGGCUAUUUUUGCCUUCUUCUGGUUGGUGAGUUCAGCAGCAUGGGCUAAAGGCCUAUCGGACAUUAAGGAAGCCACUGAUCCUGAUGAAGUCAUUGAACUCAUCCCAGCCUGCAGGCAUGAGCAUAACCACUGCCAAGAAAAGCAUGAGGCCGUCGUAUCGGGCCUAAACACAUCUGUGGCGUUUGGAUUCUGUAACCUGGUGCUUUGGGCUGGAAACCUUUGGUUUGUCUUUAAGGAGACUGGUUGGCUUAGUGCUUUUGGCGGCACCUAUGUGCCUUCAGGAGCUAAACAACCAGCACCGGACUCUUAUGACCAGGGCCAGGGCUAUGGACAGGACCCCUAUGCUGGCUCUCAGGAAGGGUACCAACCUGACUAUGGGCAACAAGCAGGAUAUGAGGUGGGAGGCUACAACCAAGCAGGAUAUGAUCAGGGUGGCCCAACCUCCUUCUCCAAUGCAAUGUAGGCAAAUUUACACAGCACAGGAGCUCUCUACAGAGCACAUCAGCCCAAGGAGUGAAGACCCCAUCUAUUACCCAGGAUUCCAUACUACUGAUUGCUUAUAUGAUCAAUG